AUGACUCUGUGGGAUGCAGGGAUGGGACAGCCAUUGGGUGAGCCCUUGGAGGGGCACACUGGACCAGUUUUUUCAGUCUCGUUCUCACCGAAUGGUACUCGCAUCGCGUCUGGUUCGCAGGAUAUGACUGUGCGAAUGUGGAGUGCAGUGAAAAGUCAGCUAUCCCUCGAGUCCAGAGCGCCAGAUUCUUCCACAUCUCCGCUGCAUCGAAGCACCACAUCUCCCGCCCAAGAAAGCCAUAUCAUGCCGACCAACACUUGUAGCGAUCACCUCAUCUGCUUCUCGUCCAGCCUGGAACACGUCCUGUCCAACCCCGCCGACUUGCUCGAACCCACCUCUCAUCAUAAUUCUAAUUCAACCCCUUUCUUUCUGCGGGCUGAUGGAUGGAUCACGGGACCUGAUCAUCAGCUUCUUUUCUGGGUACCUCCUGCCUCCCGACAUGCAUUUUAUAACCCUUGUACUUCAUUGGUUAUACCCAGAGGAUAUCCUGAACUUGACUUGAGCCGCAUGGUACAUGGAAUACACUGGUCGAGCUGCCGAGAUGUGUGAUUCCACGUAACGAUGCUUUUAUUGCUGCAAUAUCGAGUGUAUCAUCCGAUUUUUUGAUUCCCCGUCAAGUUUAUACUUAGUACCGACUCUGAAUUUACUGUUAUUCGACUGAACCA